CCAAAAGGCUGGACUGACAAAGUUGCUGCUGAAGUCAAAGUCAAAACCAUGCUCGCGGAUUGCAUGGGCACGACAUCUGACAAGAUCCAGGACGUUCUGGAAGAAAAGCACGGCGACCAAUAUGUGUUCCAAGUUUCCUCUUACAGUAAAUUUUACUUUUGGAAUUGUGCAAGCGAUGAAGGAGCUGAAGUUACCAAGCCAAAGGGUAAGGAGGAACUUUGGAAACAGAUGGACAAGGAUAUCACGCAGGUGGAAGUGAAGAAGCUUUGA